CAACGUUACCAUUACCAAAACAAACUGUCGCCAGCUGUUCCACACUUUCUUCACAUUUCGGUAUUAAUGACAAGUUACUCGCCUUUUUUCCAAAAUCAUUUCCUACCUUUCAAUUUCAAGUCGUUUUAGCAUAAACGCGUUUAAAAACAAAUCCCAUGAGUAGCUAAUCCAAUGUUUCCGUUCAUGGGCUAAAUUGUCAUAAAUGACAUUCAUUUUGUGCCUGAUUUUGUAACGUUUAACCAUUUCACUGAUUGUGAACAAAAUGGAAAGAGAAUCGAUGGAUGACGACUUCCCCAUGGAAUUGGACGAAGAGAACGGGUUCAGCCUCGUCGAAAAACCUCUCGAAACCGAACCGACGGAACUUAAUUUCAAAGAAGGCCCUCUGAGUGCAGAAUUUCGAAAGAAAGCAAACGAGAUACUUGAAUACCUUUCAAAAAAUGAAGUUAAAGUGGAAAAGUUACGAGAAUACGCUUUGAGCAAAGGUGGAUUUGUAUGUGAUGAUGUAAGAAAAAUAGGAUGGUCGAGGCUUUUAGAAAUCGAUCCAAACCCUGACAAUUUGUCACCCAACGACGAUUCCCUUCGAAGUCAUAGUGAAUUCACCCAAGUAGAGUUAGAUGUUAAUAGGUCAUUAAAAAGAUUUCCACCAGGCAUUCCUUACGAACAGAGGGUUGCUCUACAAGAUCAACUUACUGAUUUAAUUUUGAAAGUCAUUACUAAAUAUCCUCAUCUGAAAUAUUAUCAGGGUUAUCAUGAUGUAGCCAUAACAUUUCUUCUAGUUGUUGGUGAAGAAAUGGCAUUUAGAAUAAUGGAACGACUUUCCACAGAGCAUUUGAAAGAUUUCAUGGAACCAACAAUGGAAAAGACUCAACAUUUACUCAACUACAUUUAUCCACUAAUGGACAGACUGAAUCCAAAAGUUUGCUCUCACGUUCAAAAAUCCGGAGCAGGAACGAUGUUUUGUCUUCCUUGGUUCCUCACGUGGUUUGGCCAUUCACUUAAUCAUUACAAAGAUGUCGUAAGGCUUUACGACUUCUUCUUGGCAUCUCCCCCGAUGAUGUCAUUAUACCUUGCUGCGGCUAUUGUCGUGUACAGAGAAAAGGAUUUACUUGCUCAAGACUGUGAUAUGGCUAGUAUCCAUUGCUUUCUUUCUCAGUUGCCGGAUGAUUUGCCCUUUGAAAUCCUUAUCAGAAAUGCUGUGAAUUUGUAUAAUGAGUUUCCACCUGAAGAAGUGGAAGUUGAAGUUCUGGAAAGAGCCAAAAAAGAGCUGGAAGAGAGGAAAGCCGAGGAAGAGGCAAGGCAUAAAAGGCUUGCCAAACACCGUGGUCACAUAUUUCCCAGACGCUUUGAAGCAUAUUUCCAAAGGCUACUGCCAAAUUCACGAGCCCAGUUUGUCCUUUUGGCUGUAACUGUUGCUAUGGGCAUUUUUGCAUACCUGAAGGGGGAUGUCAAUCCUCAUGUGAGAUAGUACACAAUUUCGGGGGCCCUCCCCCUCAAUUGGGUCCUCACUUUCGAAAGAUAUCGUAUCGUUCACAUACCAAAGCCAUGAAAACAUAAAUAAUUUACAGGGUCCUGAGAAGCGGAACAAAAAAGGUAUAAUAAAAUGUAUCCAUUCCUUUCAUAAAGAGACAUAGAAAUAAUAAGAUUAAAAAAUAAGAUAUGAGUAAAGGUAAUAACUUAAAUUUCAAAUCAUUAAGAGAGAGAAAAAAAAUAACGUUCAUAGAAUUGUAUACAGCUUUGCAUUUUAUGCAGAAAACUUUUAAGCCGAAGGAUUUUAAUUUGCACACACUGUUUCUUUAAUGACUGGUCCGAUUGCAACAAAGUAACUAUGUAGAAUAAAUGGCUAAAAGUUCAGGGAUUAGUUAGUAUGUAAUGGUGUGAAUAGCUUAAAAUUCCUUUAAAUAUAAUUUCAUAAGUUCCAUGAUCAAAUUCCAAUUCUUAAAUUUGUACUUGAGUAAAAAAUACAAACAGCUAUUAUAUUCAGAAUAAUGAACAUUUUACAGCUGUUUAAAACUUAAGUUAAACUUAACUUGUUAGAAUUAGCUCACUAGUAUCAAAAAUUAUUAUAAUUUGCAAUUUUCUAUUAUCAAGGUAAAUACUUUUUCUAUCGUUAAUUGGAAGCGUAAUAAAUUUUGUAACAAACUUAACCUAUAUAUAAAAAAUUAUAUAUAUCAGAAACAGUGUUUAGAAUUAAUAUGUUUUUCUUUUCUCUCUUGUUAUAUAUUUCCAAUAUUUUUUGCCAAAAGGAAAAGUAACACCACAAUUCAUUUUUAUUUGUGAACCUGGAUUUAUAAACAUUUUUGUAGAAAGUUAAGACUGAAUGACAAACUAAUCUAAAACUGAAUAGCACGUUUUUACACAAUUAAAUAUUUUAAUCGUUGAAAUUUCCAUCUGAUAAAGAUUUUUCUCUCCCAAAUAUUUAUUAACAACCCUUUAAUUGUUAAAAAAUUAAAUAAUUAUUAGUUAUGUCAUUCCUCAUGCGAUUAUAGUUACCAAAGAUUUGUUUAUAUAAAAACCUGUCAUUGUUAUAGCUUUUAUUAUAUAGCUUGGUGUUAUUAGUUUAUUAUUUUAUACAUGUAUGUUAUAUUAUUAUUUAAUUGGAAAUACAGUCAUUUUGAU